CUGAACACUAGAAAAUUCUCAUCUCAAUCGUCUAGCCACUCAACAAGACAUAGAACCCUAGGCGCCAUCAUGUUGAAAUCCAAUUGGACCUGCAAACACUACACUACACUAUACUAUCCCUAAAGCGAGAAUCGAGGCACAACAACAUCGCGAGCAUCAAAGGUCAGCUAGGGCGGCCCUAGUGAGGAGGAGACCAUGAUAGUUACUGCACAUAAUGCAAAAAAAGAAACAAUUAAGAGAUAUAGAAUGUGUGAUGUAACCAAAAAUUUGAAAACGAAGAACAAACUAGACGAAAAAUAUAAUAAAUAAGUAGUUGAGUAUGCUCGAAAACUACUCCUUACAUGAUUUAUUAGUGGAAAAAAAAAAUAAUAAUGAUUAUUUCUGUAUAUGCACCUCGUUAUCACACUCACCCCCUCAGCAUUUUACCACGACUGCUUCUUCUAGAACAGAGAAGUUUUUAAUCUGAAUUCUGAACCCACAACAAAAUUCAGCUUUCUUUCAACUCUUUCUCCCUACACCCACUCAAAAGAACAAGCUGCCCACCUUCUCCUUCACAUCAAAUCUUCUCCCCAAGAAGAAGAAAAAAGCUGUCUUUCUUCUUCUCCCUUUCCCCAUUUCCUCUCGACUGACUUUUCUUCAGGAGUUGGAUCGGACCUUCUCCCACCCGUACAAAGAUAACUUGAACCCAGUUCAUGCUCUGACGGCCUCCUCCUCCGCCGUCCAUGGCUAUGGUUGAGAACAAGUCGCCGACUGACAACUCCAACAAAGUAUGGGGUUUCCUCAAGCUGCCUUUCCGAGCAACCAACGGGAAUGCGACGCCGUCCCCUUCGCCUUCUUCGCAGCUUCACCACAGCCACCACAACCACCACCACGGCCACGGCCAGAAUAACGCCGCCGUUGAAGGAUCUACUCCUCAGCCUCCCAAUUCGGUCUCUUCCGUCGCCAGAUCGCUUCUCCCGACGCGCCGCCGCCUCAAGCUCGAUCCGGCCUCCAAGCUCUACUUCCCUUAUGAACCUGGGAAGCAGGUGAGGAGUGCUAUCAAGAUUAAGAACAGUAGCAAAUCCCAUGUAGCGUUCAAGUUCCAAACAACUGCGCCAAAGAGUUGUUUCAUGCGCCCACCGGGGGCUAUUCUUGCUCCCGGGGAGAGUAUCAUCGCUACUGUUUUCAAGUUCGUCGAGCACCCAGAGAACAAUGAGAAACCAAUGGACCAGAAGAGCAGGGUUAAGUUCAAAAUUAUGAGCCUGAAGGUGAAAGGGCCGAUGGACUAUGUGCCUGAGCUGUUUGAUGAACAGAAGGACCAAGUAGCAAUAGAGCAGAUACUGCGCGUUAUUUUUCUAGAUCCCGAGCGUUCAACCCCUUCUAUGGAGAAGUUGAAGCGCCAAUUAGCAGAGGCUGAUGCUGCAGUGGAAGCCCGGAAGAAACCCCCAGAGGAUGCAGGUCCAAGAAUCAUAGGCGAAGGACUUGUGAUUGAUGAAUGGAAAGAGCGAAGGGAGAGAUACCUUGCUCGACAGCAGGGUGAAGGGGUAGACUCAGUAUAGAUGACCCUAAUGAGCAACAAGCUUUUGUUCUUCAUGGCUUGAGAAGAUGAAUGGAAAAUUGAUUGAUGUCUGUAUGCUCCUCUUCUACUCCAUUGUACCAUGCGGGAAGAGUGAAAAGAAAAAAGCUCUUGAGAAUGUGUCAAUGUAAAGAAAAGAUGAUGCGUUGUUGUUGUUGUUGUUGUUGUUGUUGUUGUAAGGUUGAUUUGCUUUGUUGAUUUUUGGGAGUGUUAGAAGAACCCCUUGUUUUUUUUUUCCCCCACCGUUCAGCUCUGCCUGUAGAUAAAAUGACGAUUUUGAUUUGGCUGCCUGCCUUCUUGCUUCUGUGCGCCAGAAAAUAAGAACUGGUCUCGUCAUGUUGGGUUGUAAUGCUCAUAAUUUGAUCAAUACCAACCUGUUUUUUGCCCUCUGUAAGAAAAUCUGCAGAACUCAAAGCUCACAGGAUCAGCAGUGAUUCGGUCCAAACACGCUUUUGGUUCGACUUUAAUCGUCGUUUCGCUUCGUACAUUUGGUCUAAAGGCCACUUCCGAUUCGAUCUAGCUUCUGGAACUAGAUCAUGCCUCCCCCUGCCUCCUGAUGACCAUUCAUUGGAUGGAUAAUAUUGUAUCGAUGGCAACCUAUAGAGCAUUGCUUUGAGGUUGACAAAGAUAUAUAAAAGUUGUGUCAAUCCACUCCAAUAAGGCAAUAACACAUCAUUUUAAAUAGUGUGAUAGUGACAAAAAGAACAGCUGACAAUGCUAACUAGUCAAUGUAUGAAGUCGACCACCCCAAAUUCCAACUCACACCCUUGUUUCAGCCCUGCCUCAAUUAUAUCUCCCUGCAACUGCAAUGCCUUCAUUCUUUGUUCAUCUCAGGAAGCUUUUCUUUCAUUCAUUUGUCCCUUAUGCUUUUGAUGUAGUGAGUUGACCACGCGAAUUCCUUUCUUAGAUUUCUCAGCUGCUUUGGUUGUGCAGACUGCAGAGUGCCAGAGUAUUUAUUAUAUAUGAAUAUGGCCAAGAAGAGGUUCGUCAAACAAAGCAAAGCGAAGCAAUGAAACAAAAUAUUUAAUCAAAAAAGGGUCGCUGUUACGUGGGUUUGCUGCCACGUUCUUUUGCACCUAGCUUGCAGAUAAUGGUUUGAAUUGAUGUUCACAGAGCUUGGUUUCUUUGUACAUAUCAACAUAACAUGCUGACGGUAACCAAAACUCAACUCUCCCUCUCCAAUUACCAUAUAUAUUGUCGUCUUGGUUUGAUUGCAUACUGAUGACACGUCGUUCUGACUCGAUCGCAUUGCAUAGAGGAGAUCAAAUAGGUAAUCAUUCUGCAAUGAUGGUUAAUUGGUUAUUUUAUAGAGGGUAUAAUAUUGAACUUUAGGCGAUAUCACAGUUGAAUAUUGAACCAUUAAUUUUAUCAAUUCGAAAAAUAUUCCUACCUAGCAAUGAGUGUGCUUAGUCAACUCAACAAAUUCUUGUCAAGGUUGUCAAACACUUGAUAUCGGAGUCUGGUUCAUACUUGCAAGGAAGGAAGAGCUUUGACGAGAUGGUUUCUGGAUUCGAGUAGGGACCAAGUGAAGAAUCUCAAUCGAAGCAAGGUCAAAGGGGACAAGCGAUCGGGGAUUUGAGCCAAGGCCAUGCGGAAGCGGAGGCAAGCGUGCAACAACUCAUGAGUGACAUGCGAGGUACGGGGCAACGCGUGACGAGGUUGGAAGAGGGCUUGGAGGCACUUCGGAGCGAGUUACUUGGCAUCCUCGACAAUGCUGCCGAGUCAUUGAGAGAGACGAUAUGUUCGAGCUUGCUAGAGUGAGAGUUUAUAUCAUUACAUCGGUUUAGUAAGUGGUAUAUGGUAUGGGUUGAUGACAGUUUUAACAAAAUAUGUAGGAAAAG